AUGCGGGACGACGAGCCCCCGCUGCUGCCCGCCUCCCCCGCGCCCGGCCCCGCCACCCCCGGCCGCCGCCCUUCCCGCUUCAAGCGCGCGCUCUACUCGCUCCGCUCGUCGUUCCGCUCCAGCUCGCCCUUCCACUUCGCGUCGCUUAAGCGCAGCGGGUCGGCCAAGUCCUCAGUGUCCGAUAGCGAGAUCGUGCGAGGCGAACGCACUAUGCGUAGGAAAAACAAAAAACAACGCGCAGACUCGGCGAACGCCGCCUCGCGGAGCACCGACAGCUCGCCGACGACGAGCAAGAAGAAAACCGGCUUGCUCAAACGGAUGAGCACCAUCGGGAAACGACGCGUCGACAGCUCGACCCCUUCCUCCACAGACGUGGACCCCAUGGACCCCGAGAUGGAUGCGGAUCGCGACAGCGAUCUCGAAUCCGAUUCGAAACUCGACGAAACGCCGAUACUCGAAAUGAGUUUGGAACCUGAAAAGCAGGAGGUGGCUUCUGCGGAUUAUGUAGAACAAAAUCCUACCACCUCGUUACCGGAAUCCCCGGUGCCUGAAUCCACGGUGCCGGAAUUGUCAGUACCGGAGUCAUCAGUUCCGGAAUCAUUGGUCCCAGAAUCACCGGUCCCAGAAACAACGGUGCCAGAAUCGUCGGUGCCGGAGUCAUCUAUACCGGAAUCCGCGUCACCGGAGCCGCCGUUCAUAGCCAUAGCGGUCGACCAUCCUGUAGCGAUGCGAUGUUUCACAAAAGAGGCGUGGAAGAGGCGCAGUAAAACAGAAAUCCAGAAACCGAUCGAGGAGUCCGGUCCGGGGAACGCGACGAAACGUCGCAUCGCAUUCGUCGCGCAGACGUCGGGCGCGAUGUCGGAGGACCGCGACGAUGACGACGACGACGACGACGAGGACGUGGAAGAGGACGGGGGUGAGGUGGGGUCGCUGGAGGAGGCGGUGGCGCUCGCCCGGCAGCGGCUCGCUCAGGCGCACUCCGCGCCGCCGCAGUCGAGCGAGAACAACGAGCCGGAAGAGGAGGGGUGCGCAGACAUGCCGGCCUACGGAGACCUGCUCGAGCCCGAGCACAAGGCUGACACCGACGACGAGCCGGUGAGUGUGCGUUGCGCGGUCAUCGCUCAGUGCGCGCAGGCUGUCCGUGCGAUGCGCGCGCGCCAUGACCUUCGAGGAGAGCGCAGCUGA